ACCAGCUCCCCAACACUCCACGGAAUCUUUGGGUCUCUGGACGCUGGUUCCGGUCCUGGCCCCCCAGCAAUUUCCCCCAAAGAACAGGGUCAUGAAAAGAGGCCGCCCGGCGGGGCCCGCAGGCGAUGCGCGGCGCCGGUGGCCCCCGCGGCCCUCGGGGCCCCGCUAAGAUGCUGUUGCUGCUGGCGCUGGCGUGCGCCAGCCCGUUCCCGGAGGAGAUGCCGGGGCCGGGCGCGGCCGGCGGGGGCACGGGCGGGGCGCGGCCGCUCAACGUGGCGCUGGUGUUCUCGGGCCCGGCGUACGCGGCCGAGGCGGCGCGCUUGGGCCCGGCCGUGGCGGCGGCAGUGCGCAGCCCGGGCCUGGACGUACGGCCCGUGGCGUUGGUGCUCAACGGCUCCGACCCUCGCAGCCUUGUGCUGCAGCUCUGCGACCUGCUGUCGGGGCUGCGCGUGCACGGCGUGGUGUUCGAGGACGACUCGCGCGCGCCCGCCGUCGCGCCCAUUCUCGACUUCCUGUCGGCGCAGACCUCGCUGCCCAUCGUGGCCGUGCACGGCGGCGCCGCGCUCGUACUCACACCCAAGGAGAAGGGCUCCACCUUCCUGCAGCUUGGCUCCUCCACAGAGCAACAGCUGCAGGUCAUUUUUGAGGUGCUGGAGGAGUACGACUGGACAUCCUUUGUGGCAGUGACUACGCGUGCCCCAGGCCAUCGAGCCUUCUUGUCAUACAUCGAGGUGCUGACUGAUGGCAGCCUGGUGGGCUGGGAGCAUCGAGGAGCGCUGACACUGGACCCCGGAGCCGGUGAGGCCGUCCUGAGUGCACAGCUCCGUAGUGUCAGUGCACAGAUCCGCCUGCUCUUCUGCGCCCGCGAGGAAGCAGAGCCUGUUUUCCGGGCUGCAGAAGAGGCUGGUCUCACUGGGCCUGGCUACGUCUGGUUCAUGGUGGGACCCCAGCUGGCCGGAGGUGGGGGCUCCGGGGUCCCUGGGGAGCCCCUUCUUCUCCCAGGAGGUGCCCCACUGCCUGCAGGGCUGUUUGCAGUGCGCUCUGCUGGCUGGCGUGAUGACUUGGCACGUCGAGUGGCUGCUGGUGUGGCGGUGGUGGCCAGAGGUGCCCAGGCCCUGCUGCGAGACUAUGGCUUCCUGCCUGAGCUGGGCCAUGACUGUCGCGCCCAGAAUCGCACCCACCGCGGGGAGAGUCUGCACAGGUACUUCAUGAACAUCACCUGGGAUAACAGAGACUACUCCUUCAAUGAGGAUGGCUUUCUGGUAAACCCGUCACUGGUGGUCAUCUCCCUCACCAGAGACAGGACGUGGGAAGUGGUGGGCAGCUGGGAACAACAGACCCUCCGCCUCAAGUACCCUCUAUGGUCCCGCUAUGGCCGCUUCCUGCAGCCGGUGGAUGACACUCAGCACCUCACUGUGGCCACGCUGGAGGAGAGACCCUUUGUCAUUGUAGAGCCUGCAGACCCCAUCAGCGGCACUUGCAUCAGAGACUCGGUUCCCUGCCGGAGCCAGCUCAACCGUACCCACAGCCCUCCGCCUGACGCUCCCCGCCCGGAGAAGAGAUGCUGCAAGGGUUUCUGCAUUGACAUUUUGAAGAGGCUGGCGCACACCAUCGGUUUCAGCUAUGACCUCUACCUGGUUACCAACGGCAAGCAUGGCAAGAAGAUCGAUGGCGUCUGGAAUGGCAUGAUUGGUGAGGUGUUCUAUCAGCGUGCGGACAUGGCCAUCGGCUCCCUCACCAUCAAUGAGGAGCGGUCAGAGAUCGUGGACUUCUCCGUCCCUUUUGUAGAGACAGGCAUCAGCGUCAUGGUGGCACGCAGCAAUGGCACUGUGUCCCCCUCUGCCUUCCUCGAGCCCUACAGCCCCGCUGUGUGGGUGAUGAUGUUCGUCAUGUGCCUCACCGUGGUCGCCGUCACAGUUUUCAUCUUUGAGUACCUCAGUCCUGUGGGCUAUAACCGAAGCCUGGCCACGGGCAAACGCCCCGGAGGCUCUACCUUCACCAUUGGGAAAUCCAUCUGGCUGCUGUGGGCCCUGGUGUUCAACAACUCCGUGCCGGUGGAGAAUCCUCGGGGCACCACCAGCAAGAUCAUGGUGCUGGUGUGGGCCUUCUUUGCCGUCAUCUUUCUUGCCAGCUAUACAGCCAAUCUGGCUGCCUUCAUGAUCCAGGAGGAAUACGUGGACACCGUGUCUGGGCUCAGCGACCGGAAGUUCCAGCGGCCCCAGGAGCAAUACCCACCCCUGAAGUUUGGAACAGUGCCCAACGGGUCCACGGAGAAGAAUAUCCGAAGCAACUACCCUGACAUGCACAGCUACAUGGUGCGAUACAACCAGCCGAGAGUGGAGGAGGCGCUCACUCAGCUCAAGGCAGGGAAACUGGACGCCUUCAUCUAUGACGCAGCAGUGCUCAACUACAUGGCCCGCAAGGAUGAGGGCUGCAAGCUGGUCACCAUCGGCUCUGGCAAGGUCUUCGCCACCACUGGUUAUGGCAUCGCCCUACACAAGGGCUCCCGCUGGAAGAGGCCCAUCGACCUGGCGCUGCUGCAAUUCCUGGGGGACGAUGAGAUUGAAAUGCUGGAGCGGCUGUGGCUUUCAGGGAUCUGCCACAAUGACAAAAUCGAGGUGAUGAGCAGCAAGCUGGAUAUCGACAACAUGGCAGGUGUCUUCUACAUGCUCCUCGUGGCCAUGGGUCUCUCCUUGCUGGUCUUCGCCUGGGAACACCUUGUGUACUGGCGCCUGCGGCACUGCCUGGGGCCCACCCACCGCAUGGAUUUCCUACUGGCCUUCUCCAGGGGUAUGUACAGCUGCUGCAGUGCUGAAGCUGCUCCGCCACCGGCCAAACCCCCGCCACCGCCGCAGCCGCUGCCCAGUCCGGCGUAUCCCGCCGCUCGCCCACCCCCUGGCCCUGCACCCUUCGUGCCCCGAGAGCGCGCAGCCGCCGACCGCUGGCGCCGGGCCAAGGGCACAGGGCCCCCGGGGGGCGCAGCGCUAGCCGACGGCUUCCACCGAUACUACGGCCCCAUCGAGCCGCAGGGGCUGGGUCUCGGCGAGGCGCGCGCCGCACCGAGAGGCGCAGCCGGACGCCCACUGUCCCCACCCACCACACAGCCCCCGCAGAAGCCACCACCUUCCUACUUCGCCAUCGUGCGCGAGCAAGAGCCGGCCGAGCCCCCCGCCGGCGCCUUCCCGGGCUUCCCAUCUCCGCCCGCUCCGCCCGCCGCCGCAGCUGCCGCCGUCGGGCCGCCACUGUGCCGCCUGGCUUUUGAGGAUGAGAGCCCGCCCGCGCCCUCUCGCUGGCCGCGUUCUGACCCGGAAAGCCAGCCGCUGUUGGGUGGGGGCGCGGGCGGCCCGAGCGCGGGGGCCCCGGCCGCACCACCGCCGCGCCGCACCGCGCCACCACCGUGCGCCUACCUGGACCUCGAGCCUUCGCCUUCGGACUCCGAGGACUCGGAGAGCCUGGGCGGAGCGUCGCUCGGUGGCCUGGAGCCCUGGUGGUUUGCCGACUUCCCCUACCCGUAUGCUGAGCGCCUCGGGCCGCCGCCCGGCCGCUACUGGUCGGUUGACAAGCUCGGGGGCUGGCGCGCUGGUAGCUGGGACUACCUGCCUCCGCGCGGCGGCCCCGCGUGGCACUGCCGCCACUGCGCCAGCCUGGAGCUGCUACCGCCACCACGCCAUCUCAGCUGCUCGCACGACGGCCUAGACGGUGGCUGGUGGGCACCUCCGCCUCCACCCUGGGCCGCGGGGCCACCACCCCGGCGCCGGGCGCGCUGUGGUUGUCCACGAUCGCACCCGCACCGCCCCCGGGCCUCGCACCGUGCGCCCGCCGCCGCGCCGCACCACCACCGACACAGGCGCGCGGCUGGCGGCUGGGACCUCCCGCCGCCCGCGCCCACCUCGCGUUCGCUCGAGGACCUGAGCUCCCGCCCCUGCCCACCGCAUCUCACCGGAGACACCGGGGCGGGGACCUGGGCACACGCAGGGGCUCUGCGCACUUCUCCAGCCUGGAGUCCGAGGUAUGACGCGGCUCGGCCCACCCCCACCCCCGCCGCCCCCUCGGUCAGCGCAGGCCACGACCCGAGGGGACGCGCUAAGUGGACAAAACCCUCAUGGGUUGGGAAAGAUAGAAACGGACCUGGCCGGACCUCGCCUGGAGCAGCGUCCUGCGCCCCACCCCCUUGCCUUGGGGGAACUAUGAGCCAGAGGGGACUCGGUCGCCCAAAUCUCACCCAUCCUGAGAUCAAGGGGGCGGGGUUCUUGGAGCCCACCGACUCUUUUUUUUUUAAACCCGAAAAGGGCUUUUUAAUGUCACCUGAUUGGCGGGAGGUGUGGGGGGGUCACGCCGCGCCCCACCCCUACGCUCCGGGCCAUGGCCCUCACAUCACUGUGCAGCUCCCUAGCCCCAGACACACCUCUCGGGGAGCCUGUUUUUAACCUUUCAUUCAUCAGGACUCAAAACUGUGAGACGCGUAUGCCAAACUGUGACUCCAGACCUUGGCCCCGCCACACAGAAACCCCUGACCCCAGACUGUGACUUCCAACACCUAAAAUGAUCAUCUGACCCCAGACUGUGUCCCGACCAGACUGUGACCCUUCAUGUCAGACCUCGAUGACCCCUCCUUUUAGAUCCUUGUUGGCUCUGACCUAUGACCUCUCCUCCACGAAAGUCCUACCUUCACCUGUCUCCCCCCCCACUUCCCUACCACCCCAAAUGCCACCAAUCACAUCUUCAAGUCCAGCCCUUAUUUGUGACCCUUCAGUGAUGAUCCAGCAGACACUCCACCCCCAGGGCUCCUUCCCCAGAUUUCAGCAGGGUCUGAGGCUGGGCUGAGAGGAGGGUCUGGGAGCCCACUUGACCUUUCCUCCCCUCUCCCACUCCUACACUGCAGUGUUUGGAAUAAAACCAUGUUUUUACACCUCCUCA